UCGAGCACCUGUAAACAGAGGCUUUAGGGCAUAAGUAUUUUGUGCCAGUUUCAUAAAAUAGAGCUAUGUCAGAUCUCUCCCCUGCGACAGUCCUCGGUACCCUCGCGGCAGGUGCUCUAAUUAAACACCUUAGUGCUGCCUACAUAGCUAGCAAAGACUUUGUGUAUGUAGGUAAAAUCUCCGAGCUGCAUGUAUGGCCAGUGAAAUCGUGCGGAGGAUUAAAGGUAGAAAAGGGACAAUGUGAACGUACAGGGCUGUUUUAUGGUGGAAUCGGCGACAGGACUUGGGUCAUCGUUUCACCUGAUGGCGGCUAUGUCACACAGAGACAGGAACCAAAAAUGGCGCUCAUCAAGCUCCGUCUCCAAGGCAACACAUUAACCCUGGAAGCUCCUGGAAUGCCAUCAUUAGAACUGUCCACUAAACCCCAGACUGUCAGAUCCCAAGUCGGCAAUGUCAAAAUUAAAGUGGACACUACCGAGUUUCUGGACUGCGGGGAGAAGGCUGCCGCCUGGAUUAACAAAUAUCUCGGACGACAGGGGCUGAAAGUCGGCUUCUCCGCUCCCGACUUACAGAAAAGGGACGCCAUAACAGCAGAGAAAUUGUGGAAGCAUAAUGCUAAAAAGGGCGAUAUGCUGGCGUUCUCGGACUAUUCAAGUUAUAUGUUGAUGUCUGCAAAAUCUAUGGAUGUCCUCAAUAGCAAACUCAAGAAACCUGUCUACAUCCUCAACUUCCGACCAAACUUCGUCGUGGAGGGCUGUGAGGCGUUUGACGAGGAACAUUGGAGGGAGGUUAAAAUUGGCAAUGUCAAAUUCAGGAAUAUUGACGAUUGUACGAGGUGUCUUCUGACUACCGUUGAUCCGUACACAGGUGAAAAAUCCAAGGAAGAGGAACCAUUAAAGACACUGAGAACGUUUCGUUGUCGACCAGACCGUUAUGGCCCCAAACCUGUGAUGGGGAUCUGCCUGGCCCCCGAUUCUCUGGGUGGGGUCAGAGUAGGGGAUGAUGUUUUUGUCAAAUACAAGUAACUUCCCACCAACGGAUCUUCGUAUUUGUACUCACAUAUAUAUAUAAAUCUCUAUGCUCAAAUAAACACAACGAUGCAAUAAUAGCAUAAUUUAAAUUUGUAAAAUUUGUCAGGAAAAAUAUAUAUAUUUUUAAAGUUUAUUUCAUGCAAAAUAUUUUACAGCGCAUAGAUCAUCUUAUUUUUGUUUUUCAAAAGAUUUGCCUACUUUUAGGAUUUUAAUCCUGUUUGACUAAAGAGUAAUUCUGGAAAAAAGUGCAGAAGGGUUUGAUCUGAAAAAAAACCCAAACAGAAAUAUUGCAGUGUCUAUGUUUAUUAUCUUGUUCAUAUACAUUUAUGAUACACCAUUGUUUGAUGUGAGAGAAUAAGAAAUUCAGGGUGCUGAAAAACAAAAAUAAAAUUUUAUAAUUGAAAGCAUAUAAAUACAUACUUGUAAAAUGUAAUCUGGUAUGAUAUUAUUGUUAUAAUAAUUAAUUAAUGUACGUAUUUUCUCUUUUCAGAAGCUUUAUUAUGUGUUUAUCAUUU